CAAAUACACAUCCUCUCCUCUAUGAUUCAGUCCCAUUAUUCUAAGAUUGCCAAUGGCAUACGUUUCCAAGGUCUCGACGCGCAAAGCACUGCGUACGCUUCAAUGACCGCCAUUCACGCAAGUCCGCAGCACCGCGGAAUUCCGCACUGAAACCCGCCCGAACAAUGUCGCGAAUGGGCCUGGCAAUGGGACCUGCUUCGAUUUAUGGCGCCUCAGGAUGAUGCUUCGCCUUGAAUUACGCGUGUUUGUGCCGCACAACGCGUCCUAUAUGAGGACUACCCUUCCCCCGUAAAGGUCCGCAUUAGGCUUCAGUUUACACUUAGGAAGACGCACUCCACGCAUCGGCCACUGGAAUUAGGAUCCAGCGAAAAUAUCUAAGACUACAAUGGAAAUUCCCCAAGCAGUCCACGACGCUUUCGUGGCUUUUCAGCCUGAUGCGUCGCUAUUUGCCCUACCCAUCACAUUCUCGGAUACAGAACUCCAAUCACUGUCACCAAUUUCCUACCCGAAAGUUUUGAAGGCGACGUUCCAAGCUGCCUUGAACCAGCUCGACGAUGUCCUCAGCCCGAAAUCCGCGCUAUACCUCCUCCUUCGCCGGACCGACUCCUUGGUCGCCGUAACAUACGUGCCAUACCUCGCAAAGGCUGAGCAGAGGGCAUUGUUUCUUGAGAACAGGCUGAAGCUGGUUCAAAAGCUGGGCAGCGAGCAUUUUGCUUCGUCCAUCAUUUGCAAAGAGAUGGGAGAAAUCACGGAUGCUCGCUCCUGGGACGAGCGGGACGACAGCGGCCGCUCUUGGGAUAGUAAUCAAAACAAGGAGUCCUCAGAUUGCGAGACCUGCGAGAAGGUUGCAGUAGAGGGACAAGCUGUCAAAGACAUGGGAUACAAGAAGAACACUUGUCGCCUCUGUGAUCGGCGCAUGAAGAACAAGAUCGAAGACGAUGCACUCGAAGCACUAGUCAAAUUGAACGAUGGCGGAAACUGCGUUCAGCUCUCCGUUGACGUCUCCACGGAAGUCCUCCAGCUUAAUCUUCAAGCUCAAAACGUCACGCCAUCGGAAGUUGCACAGAAGCUACCGGCGGACUGCCCGAGCUUUACUUUCUACUGCCACCCCGACCACAACCUCCUUUACUUCAUCUUUUGCUCCCCCGACAGCGCCACCGUCCAACAGCGCAUGAAACAUACAAUGGCCAUCCCCGGGCUAGUCAAUAUCAUUGCUAGAGACAACGGCGUGAAUGUGGACCAGAAAAUUGAGAUUCACGACCCGGAAGACCUCGUAUUUGAAGAGAAGGACGAACGCAUUGGGAAGUUUCGGUCUAUGUAUCUACGGAAUGAGAGUGUAGGGACUGAGUCAAGAUGGGAAGGUAUGGAUGAGUAUCAGAAGGUUUUGGACUCUGUUCAUUAGAAAGAACUGCCUGGGUCCUUCACUACCAGACCGUUGAAGGCGGCAUCGGUUCUGAAACCGAACAGACCCAUCGAGUGGUGCUGGUAAAGUUAGCCAGAUAGAGAUUAGGCACGCACUUGGAUUACUGCACCC